AUGUCCUUAACCGGUCUGCCUCGUGAACUACGCGACGCAAUAUACAUCUACUAUGUAACGGAAGAAGAUGGCUACCAUUACGACCUUUCCUCAGGAAAACUGCGCACGUCAACCAACGAGCGCAUCGAUACCCUGUCGCUAAUGCAUGUAUGCAAGGGCAUUGCUUCUGAGAUGCGAGGCGUUCAUUUUGUGAACAACACGGUCCACUUCUCAACGACCCCCCUACCUACCGACCGAGGCAGCUCACGAGCCAGACACCACGGCUACCUCCUGGAAGAUCUGUACACAGCCAAACGUCUCGUGUUACCUUGGGUCCGCCAAUAUAUCAGCAACGACAUUGCUCAGCGAGUAAUCGACCGAUUUCCAAAGAGCGAAGCCUUACUGCGACACUUGAUGAGCACGAAGAGGAGAAUCUGCCAAGGCUUCGAGCAACUAGGCAAAUCCGGCGAUUGGGGGCAAGCGCCCUCCUUCCACCGGGACACCAUCGAUGAGCUACUCAACCUAGUCGCCCAAACCCCCGCUGUAGGCGAACUGACUCGCAAGGUCCUCGAGAGACAGGGCUUUCGAUUCCGUCAUGAGCAGAAUGUAGCAAGCCUUUAUCAGUUACAUCCCAUCGCUUGGCGCCUCCCGAACAAGCAAGAGUCCAAGAUCGUUGAGGACCAGUCGCCAAUCGGACCGCACAACCCUUGGCGCGAGCGAGUGCGGGAUCGCACUAGAUAUUACAUCUCUGCUGCUUCACAAGCGGCGGAUUUUCUCUCGAAGCUACAACAGCAGCAUCGCGUCCAUAUUCGCUCCGUCGAUCUCCAUGAAACACACGCUGCUAUUUCAUACCCAGAAUGUCAUGCGCGGGCCCUGAUACCUUUCGCCAUCGAGAACCCCAAGCUCAAGAUCAUCCGCUAUGCAGACCUCUGGGGCGGUGUCUUGACUUCGUUGCAGUCGGCUCGCUUUGAAGAGCACCGCUCCGAUCCUGGUCAGGGAGUUGGGCCAAUGCGCACCAUGUAUGCCUGGGAACUGACCAAAACCAUCGCCCCCUGGCUGAUGGAAGCUAUGGCGUUACACCCAGCCGGCAUGCCCGCCAAAUGCUUCACUCUUGUCUUCAAAGGCGAGCCAGAAUUGAUGCAGCCAAUUCUCGAUAUUGUCAUCGAGGAUGCGGCGUGGCAAGAUGCGCUGCAGACCAAAUCGGACCGACAAGAACAACCACCUGUUCCCGAUCGAUCGGGAACGGGGUACAAGAGACAUUCGUGCUAUCAAUUCGAAGGGUUUCCUGGUCUCAUGCGAGACGUUAUUGCCGGUAAUGGAUCGAUUCAGUUCAACAACUGCAGUGCUCAGGGUUGGGACAUCGAGGAGCUCUUCGAAGCGAACCCUGGCUGUUCGGACACAGCUGACUGGAAUGAAGCGUGGCAGUCGAUGCGCCUUCAAGCUGUAGUCCCGCCUGCGCCGCAAACAUGGGAUGCGAUACUAUCGGAUUACGUUCAGGAGAAGGACGACGCUUAG